UCUCUCUCUCUCUCUCUCCCUCUCUCUCUCUUCUCUGUGUGUGUAUGUGUGUAUGUGUGUGUGUCUCUCUCUCUUUCCCCUCUUCCCCCUCCCUUCCCAAGCUCAGUAACAUUAAAGCGAAAAUGCUCCUUUCUGUGCCUCCUCGUGCAGGAAUCGCCACUUUUGGCUACAACAAGAGCAACAAGAAGCCUUAUGUCUCAGUGGCCCAACAGAUGGCACCCCCGAGUCCCAGUGGCAGCAGCAACAACAACAGCAGCAGCAGCAGCAGCAGCAGUGGGCCAGGCGGUGGAGGUGGUGGUGGGGACCAGCUGAGCAAAACAAAUUUGUAUAUCCGGGGCCUGCACCCGGGUACCACAGACCAGGACCUUGUCAAGCUGUGUCAACCAUAUGGCAAAAUUGUUUCCACCAAGGCCAUUCUGGACAAAACGACCAACAAAUGCAAAGGGUAUGGCUUUGUGGAUUUUGACAGCCCCACAGCAGCUCAGAAGGCAGUGACAGCACUCAAAGCCAGUGGGGUACAGGCCCAGAUGGCCAAGCAACAGGAACAGGAUCCUACCAACCUCUACCUGUCAAACCUGCCUUUGGGCAUGGACGAGGCUGAACUGGAGUCAAUGCUGAAGCCAUUUGGACAAGUCAUCUCCACACGCAUCCUGCGCGAUGCCAGCGGCACCAGCCGGGGAGUGGGCUUUGCCAGAAUGGAAUCUACGGAAAAGUGUGAAGCGAUCAUCACCCAUUUCAAUGGCAAAUAUAUCAAAACACCCCCAGGGGUACCAGCACCCCCAGAUCCGUUGCUUUGCAAAUUUGCUGAUGGCGGCCAGAAGAAACGGCAGAAUCAGGGCAAAUAUGUGCAGAAUGGACGAGCCUGGCCACGGGAAAGUGACACGAGCGGGAUGACCUUGACCUAUGACCCCACGACAGCACUACAAAAUGGAUUCUACACAACGCCCUACAGCCUGGCUCCUAAUAGGAUGAUUGCCCAGACUGCGCUCUCCCCUUAUCUCCCAUCGCCUGUUUCCUCUUACCAGGUUCAUAGCCCGUCCUGGAUGCACCAUCAAUCGUACCUCAUGCAGCCCACGGGGACUGUGCUGACACCUGCCAUGGAUCAUGCCAUUUCCAUCCAACCCACCUCCAUGAUGGGACCCCUCACCCAGCAGCUGGGCCAUCUGUCCCUCAGCAGUGCUGGCACGUAUAUGCCGGCAGCAGCAGCAGCAGCUAUGCAAGGAGCCUACAUCCCCCAGUACACACCGGUGCCUUCCUCUAGUGUUGCAGUUGAGGAGAACAGUGGUCAGCAGAGCCACGUGACAGUGGAAUCCCCAUCAGAUCAUGCUGCCUACCCGUAUCAGUACAACAAGUAACAACAGUGCCAUCGAGCAGCUCAGCUCUGAGCAAUCACUUCGAGGGAGACAACUUUUUGUGUUCGUUUUUUUUUUAAUUGUGCUGCGUUUAGAAGAUGGAACCGUUUCUUGUUUUUGGAUUUUCCCCCCUCUUUUUUUGGGCAAAGAAAAUGGUUGUUUUGUUUUUGUUUUGUUUUUUAAGAAGGAAAUAACCGCAAUAGACUUUUGACACCAAGGAACCAAAGGAGGUUAGAGGUGGGGUGGAAAGGAUAUUCCCCCAUCCUUUAGAUGUACAGAUGGACUAAGGACUAUUUUAAUACAAGGAAAACAUUUUUGUGCGUG